AUGGUCGAUUAUUUACUGCUCGCCGGGGUAGAGCUCUUCACGGAGAGCAACGCCGAGUUCCUGGCGGAGACCCUCGAGGGCCUCAAGGUAUUGCUUGUACUGGUCCUGGGUCUCGACCUUGGCCUUGAUACCUAUUCGGACGAGCCGUGUGAGUUUAUGACUGUUUCACAGAGUCAUGACAAAAUGCAGGGGAAGAUAUGGGGAUGCGCACCCUCGAAGACACGGACAGCGGUGGGGAAGUCGUUGACGCGGCGAGCGGCCCUGAGAGCGGCGGAGAGGACCUCAACGGAAGGGACGAGAUCGCUGGAUGAUUAUAAAACCGAGAACCAAGUGGACAUCCUGGACACCGUCGAAUUCCUUCUCGAAUCUAUUGCGUUGCAAGCGCAUCAGGAGAUUACGGCCAACCGGAUCGAGCCCCUGCUGUCGUUGUUCGAGGCUCGCUCUCGGCUCGUCGCAGGCUCAAUGGCUGGCUGGUUGGGCUGGCAUACCUGGCAGAGAACUCCUCGAUUGCGUAAUGCAAUUCUCAUUACAUUGUCCCUGUCAAGAACAGUCUUCCAGACCAUGAUUCAGAUUAUCGUACGUUUGUAUAAUUUAAAACUAUAUACUAUAGUUUUCCUCUAUGGUUCCGAGGGGGAGACCAGGCUAUCGAGUAUAUACAUAGCAACGAAGGUCGAAUUAUAUGUGAACCAAGCUGCGUUGGACAAGCACCGGGCAGCACCUUACUUCCAGGAUCUCAUCAAGAAGGCUCCGGAGCUGUUAGGCAAACCCUUGGAACUCAAGGUUGGCAGUGAGUUGCUCCAGGAAUCUGCGCAGGUUGUCCGGGUGUAG